CGGCAAUUGUUAAUAGUAUCGUUGCAAUUGUUAAAACCUUCGAUUACUUUAAUCCACCUGUCUUAUUACAUUAUACAUCAAGACCAUAAGUAGGUAAUACUCUCAGACUUCAAAAGUUAUAAAAAUGAAAAUUUCCUGUAUUUUAUUAUCAUUUAUCUGCGUAAAUGUUUUGGCAGAUAUAAGUAUAAAGGAAUAUAUAGAGUUGGUUGAAAUUUCAAACAAACAACUCCGGAAAGCUUCUAAACAUAAAGAUGUAUUGGAGCAAGUACUUACAGUCAUGAUAAAUAGAGAUUGCUACGUAAUGAAGUCUUUUAACCAAAUGUUCACUGUACCGGAACUUGCAGAUACACAUAAUUAUGCCUGUCUAAGUGAUGCCAUAAUGACAGAAAAACAUACUUUACAACAGGAAAUAAUUAAGAUAGAAACUUUAAAACGCAACGAAUUUGGCGAAAAGGCGAAAAGUUGUAUUAAUCAAAAUGUUAAAAAAAUAGGUAUCAAUGGAGUGGUAUGUACUCCGAAUAAUAACAAAAAUCAAAAAAUUUCUCUGGCUGCUGUUCCAAGUUCAAGCAAAAGUAGUACUCCUAAUGAUGAUGAGAGAAAUAGAAUUUACGAAGCUACUAGUUCUCAAACUACACAAUUGAAAGAACUUGGAAAGGCGAGAAGAGAUUAUACUGAAAACGUCAUAAUAAAUGUACUUAAAAAAAAAAUAGCUGAAAUCUACUCGCAUAACCCGACGUAUCCUAGUCAUAGAAUUUGUGUUUUGAUAGCAAUAUGGGUUAGUCUAAAAACAACUUCAAACACGUCUUGUACAUAUUAUAGUGGUGUAUGUAAAGUGCAACUGUUAGGGAAUCUAGUCAAAAAUACUGUAAUGUACAGAAGAUUCAGCAACAAUUACUACCAAGUACCAGCAAACGACAUUGGUGAUCAAAUGCAAACACUAACUGCACAACUACAACAGAAUUUAAGUAUUCCACUUGAAUUAACACCUGAAAACGAAUGA